GUUAUAAAAGUGUAGCCCGUCCAGGAACCACAUAUGAUAAGGACACAGCGGUAACAAUAGCGAUACUGACAUCAUGUUGGUGCUUAAUAUUUUUCUCAUUCUUUUCCUGGCCUAUGUUUCUUCUGACGAGGAUACAUUGGAGGCUGUUCAUGAGGACGAGAAUAAAUUUGGACAUUUGGAGUUCGACUCCCUUCCUGAAAGAGUGAAGGAAGUCCUACGUGAAAGCAGGGCUACUGACAAUGGGGACCACUGGUGCUGCAAAAUUACCCCCACAAAAACCAUUGUAGAUUCGCACGUGUCGACUAUACGCGUUACUGUACCGGUCAAACAUACGGGCACACGACACUGCGGAUUUCUCCAUCUUGGACGUUGCCAUACCACAAGUUACACGGCGGGGUAUAAAACGGGUUAUAAAGCUACCUACAGCAGCAGAGUAGUGCACACUACCUGUCCUGAUAAACACCUGACAUGCUGCAACAACUACAUCUUAGUCGCUGGUCAAUGCCUUCUGGCCAGUCGACUCCCCGACAUACAGGGCGAUCUCAUCAACCUGCACAACCAUGAUAUAGUCGUUGGUUAAUUGUGAAAAUAAAGAGGAAUACAAUUUGAUUACAACAUUAA